AUGUUUUAUGUUAAUUACCCCAGUGCAAUUCUUCAAAAGAAGCCCCCUCAGAAAAGGAAAGAUCCAGAUAGCUUCACUAUUCCCUACACCAUUGGAGGCACCUCUUUUGAUAAAGCCAUUUGUGAUCUUGAAGCUAGCAUCAAUUUGAUACCCUUUUCAGUAUUCAAAAAGUUAGGUCUCGAGGAAGUCAAGCCAACAACAACCUUGCAAUUAGCUGAUCGAUUCUUUACAUAUCCACGAGGGAUUAUUGAAAAAGUAUUGGUAAAAGUUGAUAAAUUUAUCUUCCCAGUUGACUUCGUGGUUUCGGAUAUAGAAAAAGAUCAAGAGAUUCCACUAAUUCUAGGUAGACCAUUCUUAACAACUGGAAAAGCUCUAAUUGAUGUACAAGGAGGACAGUUGACUUUGAAAGUAAAUGAAGAAAAAGUGAUGUUCAAUAUCUACCAGGUAAUGAAAUUUUUGGAUGAUACCAACACUUGUCAUAGAACUGACUUCAUUGACUCUGUAGUAAAAGAGGAAAGUAUAUUUAUCGAGGACCCCUUGAAGCAUUGUAUGAUAAUUAGUGCAACAUGA